AUGCGUUUCUCCGUCGUUGCUGUUGCCGCUCUUGCAACUCAGGCUGCCGCCUGGAGGCCCGGCCGUCCCUCCGGAUCCUGGGGUUGGGGUAGUUACCCGGGCCACGAGGGCGCCGUAACCACCGUUAUCGUUCCCGCUCCCACUGACGACCCCUCCGCCCCGGCCGUCACACCGGCUCCCGUCGAGGAGGAUCCCGCUCCCCCUUCCGCCCCAGCCCCCACGACCACCGCCUCCAGCGGUUCCCCUGGCUCUUCCGGUCUGACCACCGACCAGAAGGCCGCCCUCGACGCCCACAACGCCGCCCGCAGCGAUGUCGGCGUCUCUCCUCUCGAGUGGGAUGACUCCCUCGCCGCCGACGCCCUGGAGUGGGCCAACCACCUGCUCUCUGUCGGCUCCCUGACGCACUCUCAGACCGCCAACCAGGGCGAGAACCUGUACAUGCAGUCGAACGAGGACAGCCCCAACGUCAACGCCGCCGACGCCUGGAUCAAGGAGAAGGAAGAUUACAAGGGCGACACCAUCAGCGAAACCAACUACAUGGGCUUCGGUCACUACACCCAGAUCGUCUGGGAGAGCACCACCAAGGUCGGCCUGGCUGUUGCCUCCAACUCUCAGGGCACCUACGUCGUCGCGCGCUACUCGCCCCCUGGCAACUUCAUCGGCCAGAAGCCUUAUUAA